UCACCUUUUUGAGUGCAGAAAACUGGUUCUCUUUCCCUGCUAGCAGGAGUCUCUGUUUACUUCAACCACAGGAACUACAAUGCGAGAGACUCUGCUAGGAGGGGAAUGGUUCUCGUAAAUACAUUACUAAUUGAUUGACAGGAAUUUGGGUCUAGUCAUUAUGGACUGCAUUUAGUGUUGCUAUGGAAACAAACACAAAUAAUUUUAUUGCAUUUAAACCUAAAGCAGGGAAUAACAGCUGAUUGUGAUCAUUUGCGGGCACAAAGAAUAAUAAAUUAUAUACAAAUUGGAUGUUAUUUUACUCAAUUUGAGAAUGCGAAUCAAAAGACCACUCAUCCUAUUAACCCACUACUAUUUUCAUUUCCAUCCAAUGAAAAACUUUGUUGUAACAAGAAUAAAACUACACAAAUACAAACAAAGACAAUUAAAACAUUAAUGAGCUUCAACCCCUGCCGAGAGUUUGUCAUAAUGUACCAAAAGUAUUAUCCAAUUAUUACGGCUAUUUAUUAUGUCUGUGAUAAAACAUCUACAGCUCUGCCAAGAGACAGGAGAACAGAUCCCCUGGGGCAGAACACACAGCARUCGUCUUACCAAAGAGCUCAUCACCUUCAGAAUUUCCAUAACAGUGGAUAUGAAACCAGUACAACAKCAACRAACUAUGAUCCAUUUAGCCAGGACCAUCACAAAAGGCAGCAUUUUGUUAGAGGCGUGAUUCCAGGUGGCUCUAGGAACAACAAGAUGAUUUAUGGUACAGAUGAGCUUUUAAGACAGUCAGAGGAAAAGAAAAGGGUUCAAGCCAAAACUGACAAACCAGAUGGAUUUUUGUAUGGAACUGAAGCUGCAACAAAUGUUGGAAGRCAGAAGGCAGGAACAAAACCRAACAAUGCUUUGUGGAUUGAAGCAAGAGUGAAUGACGAUUACCAUGUGACACGCCAUCAGAAACUGGCAAAGGAUCAAGAUGAAUUCCUAUAUCUGCAUAAACGUGAGAAGGAAAAACAAAUGCUAGAACGACAACAAGAAAAGAAGAAGGAUUUGGAUAUGCUACAAUCAUAUUAUCCAUUUCAGAAGCCUGGUCAUGGAGCUCCACUUGCAGGGCCUGAUCCAAAUAAGCGUGAAGCACGGCGCACUAAAAACAUUCAAGGGUUACAAGAAGAGGUCAGUACAAUAGUAUGCUGUUAUCUUACAGAAGAUUUUGUAUUAUCAAUAUUGUAUAUUCAGGAAUAUASUCCCUUGGGACUAGGUGGYGGUGGUGCACCAAAUCGAACAGUCUCUGGAAAKCAACAGACAAAAUUAMGAGCUGAUCCUGAACUAAGAUUCCCUAAAUAUGGCGAGAAYAGCAAUAUUGCAGAAGGCUUGAGAUAUAAUAAAAAAGACAUGGAGUAUGCAGCUUUACUUGAGAAGUUUAUCAACGAAAGUCAUACAAGAAAACAACAGGAAGAGAAGAAACGCAAAGAACAAGAAAUAUCUCAUAAUCAAUAUGAUCCAUUCAAAAAACCUGGUGGUGGUGCUCCUUUGACAAAUGAACAAGGUGAAGUCAAUGCAAAACAGAUAUUAACACUAUCCACAGACAUCAAAGAACUUAGAGGAGUAGAACCUCGUCACCAGCAUGCAUACAGUGAUCCAGGGAAGUGUAAACCAGAUGACUAUGCAUGGUUAAAUCCAGACAGCAAUCAUUGGCCAUUUGGCAAAAACACUGUUGAAAGGGACAGAGCUGGUAAAAUCAUGAAGACCAAAAGGCCUGCAAUUGAUGAUUCAGAAGGAAUUGGAAUACCUGUUGGAAGACCUGGUGCUGGUGCUCCCAUUAAGGACAAAGAUGGUAAACUCAAAACAAGGAAACCACAGACAUUAACAAAGAAUAGUUAUGGACAGGUACUGUCAAGGGAUUUCAGUCCUAAAGAGAGAAUUGAGAAUGAUCCCUUUCAAAAGCCAGGUGCAGGAGCUCCCAUUAAGGAUGCAGAUGGUAAAGUCAAAACKCGCUUAGUAGCUCAGGUGGAACGAUUGGAACCAUCACCAAGAAUGUCUUUUGAUGAUAUCCAAGCCAAACAAGCCUAUCUGAAAACUUUACAGGAUCAAGCUGAACAAGCUGAAUACAAGCGCAAGGAAGAGAAUGAAGAUCUCAAAAAGAGUGGAGGCGAUGUAUCAUCAUGGAUCAGAAGUGGUGUUGUUGGUCAGCCAAAGUUUGACCCUGUAACAAAGGAAAUUAUAGCAUCACAUAAAACCACGUCUGAUGUCACUCAACAAAAGCUGAACAUACGCAGACAAAAGAAUGAUACUAGCAGCAACUACCACCGUGAUCUGCAAGUUCUUGUUGAUGCAAAACAGAAACAACGAUACCAAGAGAAAGAAACUGAAAAGCAUGAUUCCAUGAGGCAUGUGGAAACCAUGAACAGUAACUGGGGUAAAAAAGGUGGAGGGGCACCUCUUGACGGAUACAGAAAACAAAAAUUUGGAUUGGAUCCCUAUGAUGAAACCAGUUUUCGACCAAAUUGAAACCCACAAGUGAUAAUAAUAAUAAUUCUUAGACGCAGUAUUGUUUUUAUUAUGUGGUUGUUUCGUUUGAAAAUAUACAAUUAUAGUAAGACCUAUGCACUAUACAACUUCCCAGAACUUUCUAGUCUGUAACAUCAUUAAAAGAUAUUUUGGGAAGUGUAGAGUCCUCAAUAAAGUUUCUGCCUAGUUAACUAGGGWAUGUCAAAUUAAUACUCACCGCAUAAAAAAGUGCUGUUUGGCACAAUAUUCAUUUAUUAUGGGUGUAUUGGUGCACUUUGCGGAUGUGUCAAAGUCAAAGAAAACACAAAAUUUGUUGUUAGAGGUAGAGAAGGAGAUAACUGACACAAACAAGAAUAGAUGACAAAGAACAAGGCUCACACACUGACAAAUAAAACACAAACAGUUCAAUUUUUACUGUAAAGUUAAGUUAUUUAUUGGGUAUUAACUUAAUUAACUUAAAAAUAAAUAUUUAUAAUAUUUUAGUAUUUUUUUAUUGUAAAAAAUUCAUAUCACUAUCAUUUAUUAUCUGAGUGAAGUGACUGGAUGUUAUUUUAGCAUAGCUUAGAAAAUAGACAGAAGUGAAUUCUAAGAAGUACUAGUAUGAAUGUUUAUUAUAUUCUCAUUCAAUAACAGUAUGAAUUCAUGAAAGAUCUAUCAGCACUGAGUAAAAUAUUAUUAAAAUGAUGAAAAACAUUU